AUGUACCACCCAACUAGCUUGCGAAGUAUGGUGACAGGCUCAACCGUGUUUGACUACAAUGCGCUUCCCGAGUGUGCAAGCAUCUGCAAGGUACUUCAGGCAUCAGAGGCAAAUUGUGUUCCACCAGUUGCCCCAGUAUCCAACCACUUCACCUACCAAGAUUGUGUCUGUCAAUCGACAUACCUCGGAGACCUACACAAAAGUGGUACUAUCUGCCAUGAAGUAUGUAGUGAUGAGGAUGACGAACUCAUCCAUCAAUACUACAAUCGAAUGUGUGGCCAAUCCGACAUACCAAUGACAACAACUUCCCAUCUCCCGCCGACUACGACCUUGUCAAUAGCCACCUUGUCAAAGGCCACCUUGUCAACACUUACCACUGCAUACACAACUUUGGUAACGGUCCAGACACCAACGACGUCUGCUCCACCGCCAACCCAAACACACGUGGAGGUCAUCGAAGACCAAAAACCAUGGCUACAACAAUACGGGAAAUACUUCGCCAUAAUUGGGGGCGGCUUGGUGAUCCUCAUUGCGAUCCUCAUCAUCCUCAUCCACUUCUACAAACGCCGAAACCGCAAAUCCGCACUCGAGAACACCGGACAAAACCACCCAUUCAUGCCUCUCCAGGACAUCCACCCUCUCCCAAGCCAACCCGUUAACCCAAAUACCCAUCAUCUACCGCCUCUGCACCCACAUUCGAGUUCCGAAAACGAUCUGGGCUAUCCGAUCACAUCCCCAGGCCUAACCCGUCCCCCACCAACCUUCACACCCGGUGCCACCAUACGCGCAUACGCGAGCGAUUCGCAGAACGACUUGCGCGAGAUGCAGCGCACGGCAGGACGAUGCGGUACGCUUUGUCGCUCGCUGAGUCGCACCGAGCGAUUGAUAAUGGAGCGCAUCCGGAUGACUGGACGACCGGAUAUUCCUAUCAGCGCGACCCCGAAGAUCGAGAGGUGA